GCCGCCAGACAAUGUAUACAAUGUUGUAGAAGGUCUGCAGUUACCCAUCACUUGCAAAACCAGACAGGAUAUUGCUGUGACGGCCUUUCGCUGGUUCUUGAAAAAGCAAAGUUUUCGACGAUCACUCGAGCCCCCUGUCAUUCAGUAUUAUACAUAUACAGACUCAGAAAGUGGGGUUUUAUUCAGACCAUCUCGUGACCAUCAUUCAUGGGAAAUUUACUGCGAAGCGAAGAUAAGACAUGUGACGUACAAAUCACAAGGGUCCACAAUUAACGUAUAUUUUCCGCCCAGCGCUCCAACAAUUUCACACAAUGGCAUGGUUAUCAACGUUAAAUAUCUGAAAUUCUUCAACGGAACGACAACAGAAUUGGAAUGUAACUGUUCGGGAAACCCGAUGCCAACUUACCGCUGGGAACAGAAUGGUAUUGAAUUGCUAAAUCAAAAUAGGAUUGUAUUGAAUGGUGAUACUUCAGACAAGGGAACCUACACGUGUGUUGCUGAGAAUGUGAUGGCGCCAACAUAUGGACCUAUUCUGCCUGGACAAUCAAACAUGUCGCUGGAUAUAAACGUAUUAUAUGAGCCUUCUGAACCUAAAUUCAUCAUAAACGGUGCUCAAGUGGACAAUGGAAUUUUCACUGCUUUAAGAGGUAGCAACGUGCUAAUUGAGUGUCAAAGCCAUGGUAAUCCAACUCCGUCGGUUUAUGUGGGCCAUGCAUCCGCACUUCAGAUUGGGGGACGACAACUCGUAAAGAACAUCCAGGAUGCUGACACAGGAGUCUAUAGAUGUGUGGCAGAGAAUGUCAUGACCCCGUCGUUUGGCCCAAACAAGACCGGACAAUCGGAGAAUUCAAUUCUAAUCAACAUAAAGGAUGAGGUCAUGAAAUCUGCAUCGCCAUCACUUAUUGGUGUCCUGUUACCACUCCUUGGCGCAGGUGUGAGCUUGUUACUGUUUCUAGUGACAGCUGCUGCCAUAGUUUGGAGAUGUAGAAUGCGCUAUAGAGGGAAGCAAGAUGAAACAGUGGAGAACCCGAUGUACAUAUCAGCUGAUGACAUUAUAAUAGAUGAGAUAGUAACACAAAAAGAUGAUACAGUGUCGAUGUAAUCCUCUGAAAUGACAACUACUACUCUGAAGUUGAGGUAGAGUAUUAAUGCAUAUUAACAUUGGACUAUGAAUAUAGUAUAUUAUCAUCCGAACAUCAGUGGAAUAUACAGAUUGUGAAAAGAACAAUUAAUGACAUUAAAAAAUUAUUAAAUGGGUACACUCGUAUUGUUGAGUGAAUGGAUCGCUGUAAUACAAUAGCAUCAUCCCACACGAUUGUAUGUGUUUUACAUGUUUAUUAUUUUGUUAUCAUGGUGUUUGUAUAUUUUCAUGUAUGACCUGCAUAGAU